CUGCUCUUGAUAUCUGAAACAGGCAUCAGGCAAUGACACCGCUUCCAAAAUGAGUUGGAAAAAAGGUAAGCAGUGGGUUCUACUGGCUGCUGGAUCCAAAGACUGGAAAAAUUACAGACAUCAGGCGAAUGUCUGCCAUGCUUAUCAAAUGGUUCACCAUAAUGGCAUUCCAGAUGAGCAGGUUGUGGUGAUGAUGUAUGAUGAUAUAGCUUACCAUGAAGAAAACCCAUAUCCAGGAGAAAUAAUCAAUGAGCCUAACGGCCCAAAUGUUUACCCAGGAGUUCUGAAGGACUACACUGGAGAUGAUGUAUCCGCUCGUAACUUUCUAGCUGUGCUCCGUGGAGAUGAAGCAGGUGUUGACAAUAAGGCAAGAAGACCAAAAAAGGUCUUAAAAAGUGAUCAAAAUGAUACAAUUUUCAUCUAUCUGUCAGACCAUGGCAGUUCAGGACAAUUUGGCUUUCCCAAGAAACCUCUUUAUGCAUCUGACCUUGCUGGCACCGUAAAUAUGAUGUCCCGACACCAGCAGUUCUCAAAGAUGGUGAUUUACAUAGAAAGCUGUGAAUCUGGAUCAAUGAUUGAACAUCUCCCAGGAAACGUACAGGUUUAUGGAGUGUCUGCCUCCACUCCAUAUCAGUCCCACCAUGCCUGUUUUUAUGAUGAAGUCAGAUGUACAUUUCUUGCUGGUGAAUUCACUUCAUACUGGCUGUUACACUGCAAAAUGUCUGACCUCACUAGGACAACUUUCCAGGAUCAGUUUGAUUAUUUGAAGGAGAAGGUCAAAAAUUCUACACCUUGUCAAUACGGCAACAAUGAGCUUAGCAAACUCUUCAUCAGUGACUUUUUGGGCUGUCCUGACUCCAGAACUCAGGCAGAGCAUGCUAGUCGAGCUGAAAACUUCAAACUAACACAUCUCACCCCAUCCCAUGAAGUCCCACUGAUAAUUCUACAAAACCAAAUUCAGAGAGAAAAGCACCCUGACAAAAAGAGAGCUCUACAGAGAGAGUACGACAAGCUUCUGGGGAGAAGAAGUAGGAUCGAAAGGGCUGUGCAUAACAUUCUAAAGCUUACAUGCCCUGAACGAGGCCUCACAGUACUGGUAGAGAGACGUCCACUAAAUCGACUGGACGAUAUGAAAGAUGUAGCAGAGCAUUUCAGACAGACCUUCAGUAAGUGGCAUGAGGAGCAG